CUCCACCUCCUCCUCCACCUCCUCCUCCUCCUCCUCCACCACCUCCACCUCCUCCACCUCCAGUGAGAAGGCGCUGCUGGUGAACAAGUUUGAGCUGAGCAUCCGAACGGAGGCCACUCAGGGCCUGAUCCUGUGGAGCGGCAAGGGCCUGGAGCGCUCCGACUACGUCGCCCUGGCCAUCGUGGACGGCCGCGUGCAGAUGACCUACGACCUCGGCUCCAAGCCCGUGGUGCUGCGGUCGUCGGUGCGCGUCGACAGCAACCGCUGGAUCCACAUCAAGGCUAGCAGGGCUCUGAGGGACGGCUCUCUCCAGGUGGGGAACGAGGCUCCGGUGACGGGGGCGUCGCCCCUGGCCGCCACACAGCUGGACACCGACGGAGCCCUCUGGUUGGGAGGGCUGGAGGAGCUGGCUGUGGCGCGCCGGCUGCCCAAGGCCUAUAGCACCGGCUUCAUGGGCUGCAUGAAGGACGUGCUGGUGGACGGUGUGGAGCUCCACCUAGUGGAGGACGCGCUGAACAGCCCCCAGAUACUACACUGCUCUGCAGCCGCAGCCAAAUAACCUGAGGAAGAGGAACGCCGAGAGGAAAAUAAAAGAAUAUACGCUCACUCCCUCCCUUUCCAUAACGCCCGUGUCUCCUGCUGUAAUUAUUUUUCUAUUUUUGUAUACUUUUCAUCGCUUUUUAUAUUGGAUAUAAAAUGAAUAUGUUGUUCUAUCGUUUUUUUUUGUUUUAUAUAUAUUGUUUUCAGAUUCAUUGUUUUUAAUCUGCACCCCCACUCACAGUAUAUACCCCCCCCACACACCUCCUCCUAAAUCCACUGUCAUCAUGUCAUCUCUAGUAGGAGCCUUCUCAAAGGCCUUUUAAAAUUCCAACCUUGUGUUUUUGCUUUGAAUUUAUCCAAGAAUUAGUGAUACGCAUAACUAAAACGGCCUGCAUCCCUCCCCCUCAUUAACUCGUUCAUAGGAUCACACGUUCAUAUCGCUUACCCCCGACAGAACCAGAUUCACGUUUAUCAUUCCCAUAUCCGACAAUCCGCAUUCCCGCGUGUAUACGCAAUGGACUAUAUACCGGACUGGACGCGGAACCCUGCGAGCAUGCGUCCAGCUUCUAUCGUUUAGCACGCUGUUAGCUAACCUCACGGAAAAACUCCCAGACCAGUCGAGCUGCUACUAAAAAAAACAAAGAGAGAGAAAAUACGACGCCUUUCGAAGCCAGAUCAUUAAUCGCUAUGGCAACUGAGCACGAAAAAAAAACUAAAAGAGGAGAGAAAAGCUCUCUAGAGCUUAUUUCUAUUAAUCAGAGUCUUUUAUUUUGAAAUAUGCCUUUCUGCUACCCCCGGUCUUAGAAAAGACGGAGAGAGAAAGAGAGAGAGAGAGAGAGAGAGAGAGAGAGAGAGAGAGAGAGAGAGAGAGAGAGAGAGAGAGGGAGAGAGAGAGAGAGAGAGAGAGAGAGAGAGAGAGAGAGAGAGAGAGAGAGAGAGAGAGAGAGAGAGAGAGAGAGAGAGAGAGAGAGAGAGAUCAGGUUUCCACUUUGACAAUUGAAUCAUUAGUCAACAUCCAAGCCAUUUAAUCAUAGAUAUAAAAAUACGUAUAAUAACCUUAGAGUAUAUUAUUAAUACCUGAGACUGUGAAUCUGUCCCACAGGGUUGGGAGAAUUGUGAAAACUCAUUUGUUAUGCGUUAUGUUUUUCUUCUUUUUUCAAUCUUAUGACAACCACUAAGCAUGCAUUUAUGCAGUAUGAAUUUAAUUGCUUUUAUGGAAAGGAAACAACCAUGUUCAAAUUGUCUAUUCCAAAGCCCCUUCUUUUAACUGAAAGAACGGUGUUUAUUUCUCUGUCAAGUGGAUUUGCUAUGUGUUUUUUUUGUUCCUUUCACUUUUGUGGUUUCAGAAAUAACGGACCCAGGAUAAACGGUUCCCUCUCUCCCAUACGGAGCUUUUGGUCUGUUUUCCCAACGGGAGCAGUACUAGGUUGGCUCGGACGUGAACGGUAGUUUUGGGUGUUGUUACCACUACUGACCACAUGGUGGUGCUGAGGAGGCAAUACCUCAACUGUUGGGGAAUGCUCUUUCAAUCUUUCAAUCAACCAACAAGACGUCCUCUACGACAACAACAAAACAAAAGAAUCCAAAAACUUUCUCCAGGAGUCAACUUGGGUUACAUAGCCUAUAUUUUUUCGUUUUUGAACUUUUGUGAGAAAGUCUGUCGAGAGCGGGACGAGGUGAUGUGUGCUGAUGUGACUUGUUGAACGCUUUUGAACACAGCUGUACAACGGGAAACCAACCGAAUUAACAUAAUACGUGCAUGGGUUCGUACGAUCCACAGAUAUGUGUCCCGUUGGUGAACCGACGCGACGCAGCGUCGUCUGCACGCACCCGGACUAUACAAUAAUAAGCUGAGGUGGCGGUGUCUUUUUAGUUUUUAUAUGAGAUACUUGGCAAUAUAACGAGAUGAAAUCAUGCCUGACCGUGACUUGAGUAUUAAUCCACUCCUGUAGUGCUUCUGUUUGACCCUAAUUAUCCCCAAACACACACUCAUGGAUGGGAGUAUCAAGUAAACAUGUUGUACAGCCCCUCCCUCCCCCCCAUCAUUUUAAAUGGUCAUUUAGAAACGUGUAGUCCUGUUUUUCUGUCCCUUUGUUUUCUAGUUUUUUUUAAUUUGUUUUUAUGAAUUAUACACUGGAACGUCUGAUUUACCGUCUCACCAUUCAUGAAGACCGACCCCCCCCCCAACGGGGUCAAUGGGGCUGGGGGCCUACAAAACCAUGUGACUGUCGGGGGCCAAUCAGGUUCCCAGAAAAUGAGCCGGGACACGCCCUGUUGGACGGACCACGUCGUGACCUGGGUCCCAGAGUCGGUCCUGGACGAUGAGUUCCGUGACAGUUGGGGCACUUGCCGAAAAAGGAUCCGUAUCAGCGGGACACUUAACCGACGCUUAAUGCUUAUUUAGUAGGAGUUAAAAAAAAAAAAGUGUUUCUCAAUCUACGGAUCAAAACUAUGAAUUGCCUUAAAACGAAGAUACAGAAAAAUAUAUCCAACGGGUCGCCUUUGCAGAGGUGACGUCACGCAUUCAUGUCCCGUCGCUGUUUAGUCCUAUUAGCCUCAUCUGCCAUUGUGUAAAUUAACAAAAAUGUAAAAAAAUUAUAAUAAUGACAACAAUUUUAUUAGUAAUAAUAAUGCUCAUUGAAAAAAAAUGUCUCUUCUGGUUUGUUACAAAAAAAAGAAAAUCGCUCUAUUAUUACUGUUGUUGGACCCGAUUUUUUCCGUUGACUUUAUUUAAGUGGUCAUGUGGAGUUCCCCCAUUCUCCCCACGUCUGACCUAUAAACCCACCGUGCGUCGGGAGAGGCGUCCAGCAGGGGGCGCUGCGCCCCCGUGUGAGUGGCAUGACCCCGCUCCCUACAUUACUAACUUUACCAACUCUUUGUCUUGUGUUCCUACCUACCACCAUGAAAUAAAAAGUGUCAGACCAAAUGGAAACAC